UACGCGACCGGUUUAGAUGUUUUUGCGAGAGGCCUUUUUAGUGAUGCCAGAUAAAACACAUGCAAGUACAGUAAAAUAGCACAACUUAGAAGUGUGAAAUGCCUGAUUGGGAGUCCAAGUGUACAUUAAAAGAUGGCAGAAGAGAUGUCUAAUAUAAGUAUUGUGCUGUUCAUUGCAUGUGGCACAUUGACAUUCCUUUACAUAUUCAUAUUUGCUAAACGGCAGAUUUCACGAUUUGCACUUAAAUCAACACGAAAACCACAUGUCCCAAUAGGUGCAGAUGCCCCAGAGGCAUUAAAGCAAGAGAUAAAUAGGAGAUUAAAGAGGACUGGUGAUAUAAAAUAUGAGCCUCUGUUAAUGACCAGAACAACAGAAGAAAAAUAUGGACCCUUUGCUGGUAACUGGCACUUUUUUUACCGGAUGAAAGCAGUGGAUAACCUUCACAUUUUAGAUCAGGGACUUCAGGACAGAGGAAAGAAUUGUUCUUCUCGUAAACCUGGAGACAACCUGCUCAAAUAUCUCACUGCUAAUCUCCCAUUAGCCAGCCCUGAGUUGAUAGACAAGUUUGUUCAUGCUUAUGAACAUGCCAGGCAUGACCCUAUAGAAUUUGGAGUUGAGGAGUACAGACAGUAUAUGGAGCUGUUACAAGAACUUAUGAAUUCGAUCAAGGAUGAUUAUGAUGAUGCUGAUGGUACAACAAACAACAGAGACAAUCUCACCAAACCAGAGCAAAUAACUUAUAUUCCCCCUCCUAAUGGGAGCCAGACUGGCAUGUACAGGCUACUGACGUCAGGAUCUAAGCAAUCUUUAGCCUCAUCUAAAGUGGACAGUCAAACUUCCAGUUUGAGCUCAGUACAUUAUGAGACUUCAUUAUAGCAGUGCUCAAACUGCUUUAUACCAAUUAAUCAAUAUGUACAUAUAUACAUACCUAUAUGUAUGUUUUUGUAUGACCAUGUGCAAUAUUUCAGACUUCUAUUUGGUGCUCCUACAGUGUAUGUGGCUGGUUGUUAAGGUUUAAAUUUUUUCAUUAUUUUAAAAAUAGUAUUUUUAAAUGUUUGCUCAGAUACAUAUUUCUGGCACAGUUAUUUGGCUUUUUAAAGUAAUAAAUAAAAUAGUUGUAUUUGUAAGAUUUGAGGUCAUUUUCAUAAUUGAAGUUUUUUUUUGUUAAAAUUUUAAUUGUCUUAAAAAUUUUAUUCCAAGUGAUAUAAUAAUGUUUUGUGAAUAAAUUUAUAACGUUUUUUACUCCUAUGCAAACACUGAGUACAUCAAAAUAUUCUUUAUGAUAAAAUAAAAUUGUAGAUGCAAUUAAA